GAAAAUAAUUGUCAGGGAUUGAAGGGAUGAAAUGAAUUGGUCAUCGAUCGAACUCGAACUUUGAUAUUCAAUUUGACCCUUGAAAUUAGCUGGCAGUGAAUAAUACGACCACAGAGGUGUCUUCAGCAUCUUUAACCUUUAUUUAUGGAAUCGAUUGAAAAUUGUCAAGGCCCUGGAUAAUCUUAAUUUAGGAAUUCAAAAAUAGUCGAAUAUGUUGAAUUGCUCGUAUUUGAUCCGGCAUGGUGAACGAUUUAAGAUUCGCGAAUUACCGGCAGCACGUGCCCCUAUGGUCACGCGCGCCGAGCAAGGCGAUGGAACGGUACGAGCGAUUAGCGCGACUUGGAGAGGGUAGUUACGGUGUUGUCUUCCAGUGCAGAGAUCGGCAAACUGGAAGAUUAGUAGCUGUGAAAAAAUUCCAACAAACCGAAGAUGACCCCCUCAUACGAAAAAUUGCGCUACGUGAAAUACGGUUGCUUAAGAAUCUUAAGCAUCCGAAUCUGGUCAAUCUUCUAGAGGUAUUCAGACGGAAACGGAAAUUGCAUCUAGUCUUCGAAUAUUGCGAAUACACGCUGUUGAACGAGAUGGAGAGAUAUCCGAACGGAUGCCCGGAAAUUACCAUAAAACAACUCACGUGGCAAAUUCUUCAGGGUAUCGCGUAUUGUCAUCGAUUGGGUUGCGUUCACAGAGACGUGAAACCUGAAAAUAUUCUGAUCACAGGCGAUGGUGUAGUAAAAUUGUGCGAUUUUGGUUUCGCACGGAUGCUUAGCCCCGGUGAAAACUACACAGAAUAUGUCGCAACGAGGUGGUAUAGAGCUCCUGAACUUCUGGUCGGAGAUACUCAAUAUGGUACACCAGUCGACGUAUGGGCAAUUGGUUGCGUUUUUGCAGAGUUAAUACGAGGAGAAGCUCUGUGGCCAGGAAAGUCAGAUGUGGAUCAAUUGUAUUUAAUUAGAAGGACUAUUGGAGACUUGUUACCAAGGCAUAUAGCCGUUUUCCAACAGAACGAAUUUUUUACUGGUAUCACAUUACCAACACCUCAAACUCUCACUCCUCUUGAAGACGCUCUGCCUAAUAGAGGGAAUAUCGUUCUACAACUUGACUUUCUCAAAAAAUGUUUUGACAAAGAUCCAGAUAAAAGAUGGUCUUGUGAACAACUUUUGCAACACCCAUAUUUUGAGAAUUUUCACUAUAAAAUGCCUGAAGCAGAAAUGGAAGAAUUUGAAAAACUUAAAAAAUACCGAGAUCGAUCACGGAAUAGUAAUUACAGUCAAAUGGUAUUACCACAACUUCCUAAAGCUGGUGCUUCAGUAAAUAGUCAAAAUGAAAAUCGGCCGAGAAGCUCCUCCAUGCAUCAUCAGCAGGACUUUGAUCACCUGCCUACUAUUAAAGGUUGCAAUUAAGCUCCUCUGUGAUUGUAAUAUAUUUAUAUAUAUAUAUAUAUUUAUUUAUUUAAACUUUGUAAAUCUUCAUUAUAAAUCAAUGAUUGUUGAUAUCUUUUAUUUUUACCUUGCACAUUUAUCUUUGAAACUGAACAGAUUUUGUUCUAUUAGCAUGA